CCUGGGACUCGCACCCCGCCGCGGCCGCAGCAUGGGGCGCUUCCGCGGGGGCCUGCGGUGCAUCAAGUACCUGCUGCUCGGCUUCAACCUGCUCUUCUGGCUGGCCGGCUCGGCUGUCAUUGCUUUUGGACUAUGGUUUCGCUUCGGAGGCAGCAUGAAGGAUUUCUCAGCAGAGGACAAGUCCCCAGAGUAUUUCUAUGUGGGACUCUAUGUGCUAGUGGGAGCAGGGGCCCUGAUGAUGGCCGUGGGGUUCUUCGGGUGCUGCGGAGCCAUGCGGGAGUCACAGUGUGUGCUCGGAUCUUUUUUCACUUGCCUACUGGUGAUAUUUGCUGCUGAAGUAACCACUGGAGUAUUUGCUUUUAUAGGCAAGGGUGUAGCUAUACGACAUGUUCAGAGCAUGUACGAAGAGGCUUAUAACGACUACCUUAAAGACAGGGGCAAGGGGAAUGGGACACUCAUUACCUUCCACUCAACAUUUCAAUGCUGUGGGAAAGAAAGCUCUGAACAGGUUCAGCCCACGUGCCCGAAGGAGCUCCCAGGACACAAGAACUGCAUUGAUGAAAUUGAGACCAUAAUCAGUGUAAAGCUCCAGCUCAUCGGAAUUGUUGGUAUUGGAAUUGCCGGUCUUACGAUCUUUGGCAUGAUAUUCAGUAUGGUCCUUUGCUGCGCGAUACGAAACUCACGAGAUGUGAUAUAAAGCGACUUCUACAAGGAAACUACAGUCUAGAGCUUUCGUACAAAUGCCCCAGGAGCUUUCUCCUGGUUCAUUUUUAAUAGUCAAAGGACAUCAGGUUCUAAAAUAAUUUGCUGUUAAUUGUACAUUUGCACAUGUAUGUUUGGCUUCCUGUGUGUGGUGACUGAGAGCAUAUUCAUGUGUGAUCUGAGUGUUUCCAGUACAUGCAUUAUACAUAAUGAAAUCUGUUUGCUGGGAAUUCCUGAUUCUUGUUAUGUGAGAACAACAACUUAUUUAACCCUCAGAAAAAGAUUUAAAAAAAAAAAUUUUGAUAGACUUAAAAAACUUGGUUAUGAAAAAUGAAAAAAUGAUAGUGGGUUAGUUUCUUAAACUCUAGUCAUAGAAAGAGACAUAGAAUUAGGGAUUUUUAGUAAACAGGAGCAAUAAGCUACAGGAAUUGAGAAAUCGUGGUGCAGUGUUAAAAUUGACUAUGUCUGUGCUGGGUUUAAGGGUUUCCUGAGUUUUUUUAUAUGCAUACUCUCCCUAGAAUACAGUAAACUAGUUUUAGAACUAAACACAUCUGUAGAACUAAAUGUAGCAUGGAAAAUCUAAUUUGAAUAAAUCUUACUUUCCUAGUACUUAACAAAAAAACCUCCCUCUGGAAAGAGUGGUUACACAGACAAUCAUGUACCCUAUCAAAGUGAGUGCUUUUAGGACUAGAAGAUCUUUUAACAACUUUUUAAAGAAAUAUUUUUGUUCAUAUAUAAAGACAUUUAAAUAUUUAUUACUUUCCUUAUCUGACUCUGCUGUGAACUACUGCAGUCCUUAACAUCCUCUAAAGGGCUUUUCUCUCUACUUUUUCUGUUUCUCCAAGCUCCAUGGAUAGAAAGACAAAGCAAGAGAUCUGCCAGCCACAAAUUGUGGGAAAAAAGAAUUUUUACUAGCACUGUGUCUUUGAAAUAUCUCAUACUUUGAGUUUAAAAAUGAUCCUAAUUUUUUGUAUUUUGCUAUUUAUUCACAUAGAGACUCUUCCUCAUAGAUUAGGAACUACAUUUUUUUACCUUUAAAUUGUAAAGCAAAAUCCUUCAUAAUUCAAAUAUUAUCUCAUGAGCAUCCUUGGCCAAAACCAAAAUAAACAAAGAAAAGCAUCUGCUAGUUGUGGGCACACUACAGAGACAAGCUAAGGAAACAAAAAUAGAAAUGUGUUCUUUCUGUGCAAGUUCCCUAUAAAAAUAAAAUUUUCAUAUUCUUUUAUGGUCUUGAUGCUUCACUAUAGGUAUGAAAUCUAAAUUUGGGACCUAAAUUGACUUAUUUGCCUAAUUUUUAAUAAGUGUGUCCAUUUCGUAAAUCAAAGAAAUUUCUUUUUUUCCAUUAAAAGGCCACACAAAAGUGAAAAUAUGCAGGACUUUAGAAUCACCUCAUGUGACUUUGCACAAAUAUAAGAACACAAGUCUUAGGGUGUGCACUAAACAAAGUCUGCACUUUGACAAAACACUUUCUGAAAAGACAACCAUUUGCAAUAGUCUCACUCCCAUAGAAACCACAUUUCUCUUUCUAUCAUAUUUGCUACUGCUACUAACUUUGGAGGAAUAUUUUCUAGGAAAAAAGUCAGAUUAAAAGCAGGCUAAAAUUUACUUGUAUGUGGAUAGUUCACUGUCUACAGCUAAAGAAGAUUAUUUUAAGAAAGUCACUCUAUGAAUCAGAUGUUAUACCCCAGUAAUUGAGAAGUAUCAUCUUUGAAGCAGAGAACAGACUAUGUCUCGUGAGGGCUUCAGUUCUUCUGCCUCGAGAGAGGAGAGAGGCCCAAGUAUGUACUCAGGGUCCUUCCAGCUCUGAAUCAUGUCCGAGCCAACAGAGUGGGUUUCAUUCUAUCUCUGAAUGAACGACCAUGAAGACUACAGUAGCUAAAAGUGGAAGAGUAGAGAUCUGCUCUAUUAUGAUUAAUGUGCCCUUUUAGGGAGUAAUUGCUCCAAAAUACGUGCCAUGAGUAAAAUUAGAGAAUUCUACCUCUGAGCAAGGGUAGCUUUAUGUAUAUCUUGAGUCUAUAUAUAUCUUGAAUUCCUAUAUAUCUUGAUUCUAUAAUCUUGAAUAUAUACACAUAUAUAACUUGAAUGUAUGUAUACAUAUAUGUGUGUGUGUACACACGCACACAUGCUUAUGAAUAAAUUUUUGGUUUUGUCUGUUUUCCUAAACUAAUUUGAAAUCAGACCCAAACUUUUUCUUAAGUAUCUCGUGCCAAGGCACUGAAGUAAAACUUUUUAAUGAAGAAAUAUUUUAAGUUAUUUCAAAUUAAAUUUUCUGUGUACUAGAAUUGUUUGUUCGGUUUAUUUUAAAAUCCUAUGUAUCUUUAUGUGCACUUCACACAACUCACCUAAAUGUUGAAUUUACCAAUCAACUCAAACAAUGUGGUAAAAGUAGAACAGUGGUAACCCCUCCAUGGAGUUACAACUGGAAACUGAAAUCAAAAGCAACACCCUAAGGACUUUCACUGCAUACAGCUACACUUCAAUUAAUAUUGUUCCAUCCAAACCAUACCUCUGUUCCCCUGAACAGCCCCUGUUGCUUCUGUAAAAUUGUACACCAACAGUUCCAGUGGAGUCUUCCACACAGUCGGCAAUGAUCACGGCUCUCCUUUCCCCUGCGAGCAAAGCUUAAAGGUUGGCUCAGUGAGAAUGAGGGUCACAGAACUUCCCUCAAUAGCAGUGAAGGAGAUAACAUAUUUUCCUUUAUCAAGUAAGCUUAUUAAAGAUUAAAAUGAAGAGACACCUCCAUGUCAUGGGUAAAACAUGACCUCCAUGGCCACAAGGCUAGCCACUGGGAAUUCCAGAGGUGUACCCGAACUUUCCUAGUUCACUGCCUUGAUAUACCGCUUUUGACUACCAGGCCCUAAAUUUCAGCAAUGCCAUUUCCCCCACCCCUGGGACGGAACAUUCUUGGGCCCUUGGAGCUACUCAAUUAACUGUAUCAUC